ACCCGCACCGCCGCCUUGUACUCUCUCCCCUCCACCCUUCUCACUCUAAAGCUUUUAGCGCAGGAAAUUGAGAUCGAUCUCUGACCGGCAGAUGGCCGUUUUCAUCCGGGCGAAGAGGGUGACCGACCCUCUGAACGACAAGGUGAAGGCCCAACUCCGCGGCGACGACGCCCACCCGACGACCGGCUACGCCAGUAGCAGCAGCGGCAGCGAGCACGACGCCGCCCCGUGCCUCUCCGGCCUCGUCCACGCCUUCCUAUUCGAGAACGCCGACGGCACCCCCUCCGCCGCCGGCGACUCCUCCGACCACGACGCCCCCUCCGACGACGAUGACGCCGGCGAUCGUGCCGCUGCGGCAGUGGAGACUGUCCGGGAUUUGCUCAACCCGCUGGCGGAGAAGGACCCUCUCCGGGCUCGGCUGUUCUUCGAUGUCCUCGCGGCGGCGGAGGCCUUCUCCGGGGUGAGAAAGUACGGAUCGGCGUUCCGGCGGGCAGUGAUGGCGAAGCUGAGGGUGGCGGGCUAUAAUGCCGGGAUCUGCAAGGCGAGGUGGGAGACCUCCGGCGGGGUCACCGCCGGGACCUACGAGUACAUCGACGUGGUGGCGGCGUCGGCGGAGAGGGGAGGGGAGUCGAGGUACAUCGUGGACUUGGAGUUCGCGGCAGAGUUCGAGGUGGCGCGGCCGACGGAGGAGUACGUGCGGGUGCUGGCAGCGCUGCCGCAGGUGGCAGUGGCGAGGGCGGAGGCAGUGCGGCAGGUGGUGCGGGUGGUGGGGGACGCGGCGCGGCGGUCAUUGCGGAGCCGGGGGCUGCACGUGCCGCCGUGGCGGAAGAGUCGGUGCAUGCUCGCCAAGUGGCUCGGGCCGUACCGCCGGACGGUGAACCCAGUGCCGUCCUCCACGGGUGCUGCAGUUGGAGGCGGCGGGGCGGAGGUGAAGUGCCGGGCGGUGGGGUUCCCGGCGUUGGAGGCAGCGACGGGGAGGCUUCUGCCUCCGGCCGCCCGGACGAGGUAGAAGACGGAGACGGCGAAAGGAGAAAGAGCCAGAGACAUUUUAUUUUAUUUAGGAAACGAGAGUGUUUGGCGUUAGAUUUUGAUCUUGAAAUAGUUAAUGGCUAGGGGGAAUUGGAUAUGACCGCGGCGGAGGGCGGCGACCGGUGGAGUGGCGAAUGCGGUUGCUGACCUGCAGGUAUUAGAUGAUGUGGCGGCCAUUUGGAUGGUAGGUUGGUGAUGCCAUUUUCGGGAUAAGGUCAGACGUGAACAGUUAGGGACUUUUUAUUUUUAUUUUUUUUAUUUUUGUUGUUUAAUCCUUGCAGAGUUUUGUAUAGGAUAAAAAGCGGAAGGCAGACGGAGUUUUUCUUUUUUUCAUUUGCAUCCUUAUGGUAUGUGUUGUGGUGCAGAGAAGAUAUAUUUAAUCUCACAUCGAUCGAUUAUGAGUUAAAAAAAAAUAUAAUUUAUAUA